AUCACUGCAGAUAUUCAGAGGGUAGGGGUUAUCCAGAGUAGGCUACCUGUUGUACAUAUGCUAAGAAAAAAAGAUUUUUUAACCACAUGAAAGAAAAUGGGGGGAAAUUCUUCAAUUCCGUCCAAUAUGUUGGAGAUCGAAGGAUUUGAAAUAUCACCUGAGUUCAAAUACCCUCUGUUUUUCUUACUUCUGUUUGUCUACUCCACUCUGCUCUUUUCUAACAUUGGGGUUCUCAUACUUAUCUUAAAGGAAAAGAGUUUACAUCAACCCAUGUACUUUCUAUUCUGUAACCUAUCUGUGAACGACCUGAUUGGAAACACGGUCCUGCUGCCUCAGCUGAUGGCUCAUGUCCUUUCCACAAAACGUUUCGUCACCUAUAACCAGUGUUUGUUUCAAGCUUUUCAUAGCCAUACCUUUGGAUCAGCAUCGCACAUAAUUCUUGUAUUCAUGGCAGUUGACAGAUAUGUGGCAAUCUGCAACCCCCUGCGGUACAGCACCAUCAUGACUAAUAAAACUGUAAUAGGCCUAUCUGCCACCGCCUGGGGGGUGUCCAUACUGCUGGUGUCUGUACUCCUUGGGCUUACUGUGAGGCUGUCUCGAUGCAGAUCUGUUAUCAGAAAUGCUUUUUGUGACAAUCCAUCAUUGUUCAAGCUUUCUUGUGAGGAUGUGUCUAUCAACAACUUCUAUGGACUGUUUUUUACUGUGCUGGUAUUUACCUUUUCAAUUGGAGGUAUUGCUGCUACUUACAUCAGAAUAGCUUUAAUCUGCUGGAUAAAGAAAAACAAGGAGCUGAAUAACAAAGCACUUCAAACCUGUGCAAGCCACCUUGUACUUUAUUUAAUUAUGCUCUGGACAGGGUUCCUCACUAUUAUAUUGCACCGAUUCCCAAAUUAUCCAGAUUUAAGGAAAAUUGCAUAUAUUUUAUUUCAUGUUGUGCCUGCUAAUUUAAAUCCUAUUAUCUAUGGACUACAAACACGAUCUUUAAGAGACAAAAUUACUCAAAUAUUCCAAAGAAAAACUGUUAUUUCCAUCUAGCAUUUAUCUUUCUGCAGCUUAUAUACUGUAAUUAUAACACAUUUUUUGCUUUAAAUAUAGAUUUUUUUCCUCCCACAUCCUUAAAAGAAUCAUUAUUGAUAACUUUAUGAUGCAUGUCUUUUAAACUACAUUCAUGAAGUCCUCUUCCUGAAUCAGUGAAAAAAAGUUCAUUUAAAGCGAUUUCCUGUUUUUGACCUGUGAUCAGUGGUCUCUAAAUAAGUGUAUGUCGUAUUUAAUCUUAUAAAUUCUCACUGCUGGAGAUGUUUUUCUAAAAAAUGUUGUUGAAUUUUAC